CGGGGAGACGGUCGCGCGGCGAUGACGUCGCGGGGGCCUGGCGGAGCGUCGCGGUCUCCGGAGAUGGAGGAAAAGGAGCUGUUACGGCGGCAGAUCCGCCUCCUGCAGGGUUUGAUCGAUGACUAUAAAAACCUCCAUGGCAACGCACCUGCCCCCGGCACCUCGGCCACUUCCCGGUGGCAGCCACCAGCGUACAGCAGCAGCAGGACUUUCGGUGCUCGCUACCCUCGCCCAAGCAGGAGAGGCUUCUCUCCAAACCACGGGCCUGCGUGGCGCAAGAAAUACUCCCUUGUGAAUCGGCCCCCAGCGUCCUUGGACCUGCCCGGCGACGGAGCCAUGGAGCCAACCCUGGGGGCCGGGGGCAGCCAGGACCCUGACCCCCAACAGUGCGUCCUGGAGAGGCAGGUCCAGCUCAGCUCAGACCAGAGCAUGGUCAUCAAAAUCAAGCCCCCAACGAAGCCCGGCUUGGCUAGCACUGCAGGGGCCUCUCGGGGCUCCCCGGAAGAACAGGAGGACCCGCGCCAGAGCGAUCCCAGACCUCGGGAAGGCGGGGGUGAGCCCCCCGGCGGGCAGCGGCAGCCCUUGAAGCCAGGAAGAGCCAAGGGGACCUGCAGCCUGGAGGACCCCCUGCUGGUCUGCCAGAAGGAGGCUGGCAAGCCCCGCGUGGUGAAGUCUGUGAGCAGCCUGGGCGACAGCCCCUCCGGGUCCCGGCGGACGGUCAGUGAGACCGCGCUUUCUGUCAGGGCUCGCCUGCUGGCCGCCACCCUGUCCCAGCGCAGUGGCACGGCUCUGGCCAGGAAGGUGGGCUCUCACCCUGUGGCCAGCUGUGCCGCGCAGCUCCUCGGGGGUGGGAGCGUGGAUGCCAGUCACCCAGACCAGCCAGCCCCCUCUGGCCCGGUGGCAGGCCCAGCUCGACCGGCGUCCGGACCCAGGCAGGCCCGGGAGGCCUCACUGCUUGUGUCCAGUCGAACCAAGUUCCGGAAAAACAACUACAAAUGGGUGGCUGCUUCGGCGAAGAGUCCCCGGGCCCCUCGGAGGGCCCUCAGUCCCAGGGCGGCCGCGGAGAGCACGUGUGUAGCCUCCUGUGGCCCAGCAGAGCGAGCAGAGAAGCCGCAGCCCAGAGUGGACCUGGAUGCCAAGCCCAGGAAGUUGGCCGCCCCCAGCAAGUACAAGUGGAAGGCUGCCAGCCCCUCAGCCUCCUCGUCUUCCUCCUUCCGCUGGCAGUCAGAGGCUGGCAGCAAGGACCGGGCCUCCCAGCUCUCUCCCGUCCCAUCCAGGUCCCCCCCAGGGGACAAACCAGCCGUGGGACCCAGUGGCGUGAAGCCAGUCUUCAGUGAGACCCCAGGGCUCUCUGCUUACAAAGUGAAGAGCCGCACCAAGAUCAUCAGGAGGCGGGGGAGUGCUAACCUUCCGGGGGACAAGAAGAGCAGCCCCCCACCUGUCGCCACUGCUAAGAGCCAGUUCAGCCUGCGGAGGAGGCAGGCCCUCCGGGGGAAGAGCAGCCCCGUCCAGAAGAAGACCCCCACCAAGGGCCUGACGCAGGUGACCAGACACCGGCUGGCCAGCCUGCCCCCAGGCGGGGCUCAUCUCCCCACCAAGGAAGCCUCCCACCUGAGCGUCCUGAGGAGCCCUCCCACCGGCAAGGUGAUCCAGACCCGAUACCGCAUCGUCAAGAAGACCCCGGCGGCGCCCCUCAAUGUGGCCCCCUUCCCCCUGUCCCUGCCCUCCUGGCGGACUCGGCGGCUCUCCCUGUCCAGGUCCUUGGUGCCGAGCCGCCUGCGCCGUGCCUGCGGGGCGGGGAGAGCCCAGCCCAGCCCCCCUCGGUGGCGGGACAGGGGCUACCGCUGCAUCGGAGGGGUGCUCUACCAGGUGUCGGCCAACAAGCUCUCCAAGACCUACGGCCGGCCUAGCGGCGAGGGAGGCAGCAGGCCCCUGCUGCGCUCAGGUCGGCCAGACCCUGCUAGCAGCUGCAGCCGCUCGCUGGCCAGCCGGGCCGUGCAGCGCAGCCUGGCCAUCGUGCGGCAGGCCCGGCAGAGGCAGCGCCGGACGGGCCAGGAGUACUGCAUGUACUACAACCGCUUCGGCAGAUGCAACCGCGGCGAGCACUGCCCCUACAUCCACGACCCCGAGAAGGUGGCCGUGUGCACCAGGUUUGUCCGGGGCACAUGCAAGAAGACGGAUGGGACCUGCCCCUUCUCCCACCAGGUCUCCAAGGAGAAGAUGCCCGUGUGCUCCUACUUCCUGAAGGGGAUCUGCAGCAACAGCAGCUGCCCCUACAGCCACGUCUACGUGUCCCGGAAGGCAGAGGUCUGCGCCGACUUCCUCAAGGGCUACUGCCCGCUGGGCGCCAAGUGCAAGAAGAAGCACACGCUGCUGUGCCCCGACUUCUCCCGCAGCGGCUCCUGCCCCCGGGGCGCCCAGUGCCAGCUGCUCCACCGCAACCGAAAGCGCCUCGGCCGCCGGGCGGCUGCGCCCCCAGCCCCAGAGCCCAGCGACACGCCUUCCCGGAGCAGGGCCCCUGGCGGCCACGGGCCCAGGAAGUCCUCGGCUGCCCAGCGCCCCGCCAGAUCGGUGCCCAGCUCCCCCGCGUCUGUGGCCGCUAGCCUGGUCCUUCCCCUCUCCCCCACAGGGGUGUCAGCCUCGGCUUCAGCCUGUCCCUUGUCAUCGAAGGCCCCCUCCUCCCCCUCCUGCUCCUCUUCCCCCUCCCCGCCCUCCGUGGCCUCUCCCUUUCUUUCCCUAGAGCAGGAGGAGCCCUCUCCCCAGGAGGAGGCCGCCCCCACGGGGACCCGCUCCGGCAACCUCUCCAAGCUGCCUUCCUUCAUCUCCCUGCAGUCCUCGCCAAGCCCGGGCGGCCGGCCCAGGGCCCCCGCCCCCCAAAGCCCCCCCACCAAGGACUCAGGGAAGCCCCUGCACAUCAAACCCCGCCUGUGAGGGCCUGGGCGCGGCCCGCGGCCCGGACGGGGAGGAGGCCGCGCCUGCACCUGCCGCUGCCCCAGAGGAGGGGCCGCCUGCCACCAAGCUGCCCCUGGGGGCUGCAGAGCCAGCCCUCAGCCCGCCUGGCUCUCCGUCCUCCCUGCCCUCCCUGUGUGUGAGGGCCCGGGGCCUCGCCCUCUCCUGCGAGCUGGCCCCCACCCGGCCGGGCCCUCUGCACCCCUCCCCUCCUCGCCCUUGGGCCCUCGGCUCGCACCCAGGACACGCUCCCCACCCCCGCCCUGAGGGGUCCCGGGCAGGGCUCACCCCAGGCCCAUCCACGCCGCGGGGAGGGCAGUGGCCAUUAACGUGCCCCCCGGCAAGCCCCAGGCUCCGGCCUGGAGAAGGGGCCGCCGGCCAGGCCGCCCUGGCAGGCAUUUCACAGU